CUGUCACCUGAUAUGAUCACAGGUUGAGCUAGCAAGCCGGCUGAUCUAAUCAAUUUUUUUUUUUCAUAGAUCGGUUGAAAAGGACACCUGAUGAACUGAGCACUGGCACUUUUUUCCUCCUCCUCCUUCUUCUUCAUUUAUUUCUCCACCGAUGCAAAGAUUGUUCCAAGACAAGUGAUUUGGGAAGAAAGUAGACAAGAAGUUGAGCCAGUCUUUUCCACUGGAAACCCGGAAUCAGUUAGCGCAGCCUUAAGCAAUCUUUACUGGCACCUGGAAAUCUGUACUGACCUCACUCUCCUCUGUCUCUGGUACCAAAACCCACGCUAUUAACACGAGCUUCCCAUAAUUCGUGCAUGAUGGGAGGAUGUCACACGGCUCCUGAUGCCAUGGCGGAGAAUGUGAAGCCUGAGGUUGGCAAUUGACCAGCGAUUUGAGUUCUUGGCAAUGGAGGAUGAGCUUAGCAGAGCGGAGUGGGAGAUCGAGGAGCUAAAGCGGAGGCGAAAGGAGGACGCGCAGGCGAACGAGAAGGUGGUCAGCAUCUUCGCCGCCCGCGAGAAAAGAUGGAUGGCCGAGAGGCAGAGCCUCCGCCGUCAGAUCCAGGCGCUGCUCGGCGAGCUCUGCGGCCUCAAGUCCAGUGACGCCGAGUCCGCCUCGAACUUAAAGACCGCCUGCAAUGAGGAGUUGGAGGAAGAAUCGAGGAGGAGAAAGGAAUUGGAGAAGAAGGUGGAAGCCGGCGAACAGGUGGCGGAGGAGCUGAAGGAGAGGCUCAAGAAAGCAGCGCAGGAUCACGCGGAUGAGCUGCAGAAGCACAAGUCGAGGCUGGUGGAACUGCUGUCGAACCAAUGCCGGAUGGAGUCCGAGAUGAAGCGCGCGCUGGGGCAGAUGGAGGCGGCCAAGGAAGAGCUCGAGGUGGCGGUGCAAGAGAAAGAAGCGGCGGAGGCGAAGCUGUCGGAGGAGUGCGCACAGAUCCGGAAAGACUGCGAGCAGAAGGACAAAGUCUUGGGCGCGGUGCUGAGGAAAUCCAAACUCGACGCGGCGGAGAAGCAGGCGCUGCUCAAAGAAGCGAAGUUGCUGAGGGCGAAGAAGAGGCAGGUUGAGGAAGAGAUGGAGAGGCGCAGGAAGAUGUGGGAGUCGAAGCACAAGAGAGGAAACCCCAAAGAUCUUCUGUUGGAGUACCUCCAAGUCGAGGGAAAGAGAGAUCGCUGCUCUUCCGCUUCCAUCAGCUCCGACCUGCCAUUAAGCGAUGGAAAUUAUGAACCAGGACUCGAUGGCUUGCAGGAACUGCAAGACUGGGUUCGAACCCGGAAUGAGAAGCAUGCGACGAGCAUCCUCGAGCAGAGGCAACAUGCAGAGAUAGAAGCUUUCAUAGAGCAGAUAAGACAGAGAGAAGAGAAGUUGGAAAGUUUUCAGCGGCAGGUUCUGGGAAGGGAGGUGGAGAUGAAGAUGCUUCGAUCUCACAUCGAAGGGCUCGAUGCGAGUCUGUCUCAUUUGAGGGAGGAGAACAUCAAACUGGAAACCCUGCUGUUGGAAAAGGAGAAGGAAAUGGAGCUACUGAAGGAGCAGCUCAGCUUCCUUUUUCAGCAUUAUCAGAAGAGCGAUGCAAGUUUCUCUCUUAAUCUUGAUGCUUGCCCACAGAAGGCUCUCUGCUCGGAGGUGGAACUUAAAGAGAGGAAAUCAAGGGAGAAACAUAAGGAUUCACAGUCCAACUCUACUGGGAAAUUUUCAAAGAUCAAGGUUGAGAAUACAAGAUCGAGGCAGCUGAGGUCAAAUGAAGAGAACAAACACAGGGCAAGCAAAGAUAUUGAUGUUAGCACAAUUAAUUCAACUACUCCGGAAACUAAUCAUUUUCAGCAACAUGACAAACACUGCAGAGACGAUAUUUCUGCGGAACCAGAAAGAGCAGAAAGCUCAUUGAGGGAGGAUGGUGAGACUUCGGUGGCAUCACACUCUCCUAUAGAAGAAAUCAAAGAAGUUAAAGAGGUAAGCAUGAACCCUAUUAAUUCUAACAAGCGAAAUGAUUUGCAAGAGGAUGCUGAAAUUUCUGACAAAUUUACGUCCCCUGAGCCAUCAUUUGCAAGAGACGAAUCUUAUUGGAAGACAGACAUUCAUGCUUUUGGUGUCUCCUACAACAUCAAAAGGUUGAAACAACAGCUACUUGUUCUUGAGAAGUUGGCUGGAUUACUGGCAAAGAAACAGUUCACAAACCUGGAUACAGUAAAUAAUGACAGUGUCGGAGCUAAUGACAUAAAGAUUGAUGAAAACAAGCAAAACAUGAAAGGCUUCUUCCUAAUGAAAUCUUUGCUACAGAAACAAGUGAAAAGAUAUCAGUCACUAGAAGAGAAGACUGAUGAGUUAUGCAAGAGAUUGGAGGACAAUUACCGGUUAGGAAGCAGAAGAGACACACAAGGUGUCAGAACAAAGGAGCAAUCUGAAACACUCAUGUGCUAUCUGGAAGAAGCAUUUGAGCUACAGAAGUAUAUCGUGGCAACGGGACAGAGGUUCAUGGAAAUGCAGUCCAAAAUUAAUUCUACCUUCUCUGGAGCUGAUGCACAUAAUAAAUCUAUAGGCUUCAACUUGAGGCAGUUUGCUGAUAUUAUCAGAACUAUCUUUAGGCAAGUUCAGAAAGGCCUUGAGGUGCGAAUAGCUCGGAUAAUUGGUGAUCUAGAAGGGAAGUUGACCUGUGAUAGCAUUCUUUAUCAGUAAGGAUUACUCCUCUACAGGUUCAGUCAUGUAUCUUCACGGCCUAAAGAUUAGACUUUCAGGUUGUCCAUCAAUGUGUUUUCCUUUUAAAAAAAAACAAAAAAUCUCAGUGGCUGAAUAAUGGAGGAUUUUACAGUCAAUUUAAUGUUGGUUUCUUCUA